AUGGGGCUGGCAGAAUUGCGCGUUUUGGGCCACCGAGCAGGCUUGGUGCUCAGUGGGGCGGCCGCCGUCAAGUCUGCAGCAUCAGGAGCGGUGGGAGCAGGACGGCGAACGGGAGGAGGAGCGUGGGCCUCGGGCAGGACCCGCAGAUUCAGCUGUGCCGUGGUAGCAAUGGCCCCAAUCAAGGUAGGAGAUGCCCUCCCAUCGGUGGUGGUGUUUGAAGGGGAGCCUGGGAACAAGGUGAACCUGGCAGAACUGUACAAAGGCAAGAAGGGUGUCCUGUUUGGAGUCCCUGGAGCCUUCACUCCAGGCUGUUCCAAGAGCCACCUGCCAGGGUUUGUGGAGCAGGCUGGAGCUCUGAAAGCCAAGGGAGUCCAGGUGGUGGCAUGUCUGAGUGUCAAUGACGUCUUCGUGACUUCCGAGUGGGGGAAAGCCCACCAAGCGGCAGGCAAGGUUCGGCUCCUGGCUGACCCCACGGGGGCCUUUGGGAAGGAGACAGAUUUGUUAUUAGACGACUCAUUGGUGCCUCUCUUUGGGAAUCGACGGCUCAAGAGGUUCUCCAUGGUGAUAGAAGAUGGCGUGGUAAAGGCACUGAAUGUGGAGCCAGACGGCACAGGCCUCACCUGCAGCUUGGCCCCCAAUAUCCUCUCACAGCUCUGAGGCCCCGGCGCAGACACACUUCUGCUACCUUCUCCUUGACUUACCUGCCCA